CAGCCGAAGCGCAACUUUUCCCCAGGCAAAGUGAAAUCAAGCCGCGGACUCGGACAAAAUAUAGUCCCCGUUUUUCAACUUAAAAUUAUCGAAAGAAAAGCUAACCCGCUUCCCCGUCGGACCCCUCGACGCUCGGCCGUUAAUCUGGAGAGGACCCAUCCGGGGCCUGAGCUCUUUCCGCCGGGUUUGGAGCACUUUUGAAGACGGGCGGAAAGUGGGUGAUGAGUCCUAGCCUGUAAAAAGAAGCGAGAACUUGCUCUUUGCAGCCUGAGUAGUUCUUCUUUCAAUUGUUAUUGUCGCUUUAAAAAAAUCUUUAAUUCACUUAAACUUCGUGUCGGCCGCGUCGAAAGUGGGAGAAAAGUGCUUUUCUGGUCGGAACAUGGAACUACAAGGCCUGCAAGAGGCGUUGAAAGUAGAAAUCCAAUGUCAUCAGGAUGGAGAGCUUAAGAGACAGCUGCACGACAGGAGAAUAACAGCCCUGAGCGAUAAACAAAAUCAGACGUUGUGCAAAGGCCUCAAUGAACUUCAAAAUGGACAGAAGCUGGCAGUCAGAAGUUGUCCUGUAGGGUCGACUAAGCCGCUGUCUCUCAUCAAGCCACCCAGCCAGGGCAUCGCCAUCUCCGUGGUGCCGGCCAAGGCUCCCGUUUCCAUGGUGACCGCACACAUUAACGGACAGAAGGCGGCGAGCUCGGAGCCGCUGCAGACGUCCCCCAUCAACCUCCAGACGGGCGGCAGGGUGGCGGCCGCCGGAGUCCACCCGUUCAGCAGCAGGAGAGCCGGAGAGCUGCCUCCCUCUCAGAUGCUGGGAACUCUCACAGCUGUGCCCAUCAAGGUGCCUCAAGUCAGCUCCCUGCACCGGCUGGCAGGACAAGCAGCCACUGUGCUACCUCAGGUCAGGCCAAAGACCCAGAUCCCCGACAGUCUCCCCCACAGUCCCUGUCAGGAGCUGCAGCCUCUCAGCCUGCAGAGGGCCACCGCCGUGGUCAGUCCCAAGAGCCAGGGCCCCACCCUGCCCACCGCCAACAGCACCUUCAGCCCCGACCACCAGCCCAAUGGCCAGAGCGACGCCUCGUCGCCCCCGGCCCCGCCACACGGCCCGUCGGGAGCCCCAGACUCUGGUGGCCCCGCUCAGCACGCCUCUGCGGGGCCUGGCGUGGCGUACGCCAUCAUCGCCGCCUCCCCCGCCACCGGCAACGGGGUGUCAGCCGUCAGCGAGGCCGUCAAGGUGCAGCCACUGCUCUUCAGCGCUGACAACAAGGUGAUAAUAAUCCAGCCACAGGCCCCCAGCAGCACUGAGGGGUCCCCGGGGGCCCAGGCUGACCUCCCGUCACAGGAGGCCCCACCCGCUCCUAAGUCCCCCUCCCAGAAGAAAGACGAGGACCCCGAGAAAAUCGCCUUCAUGGUCGCCCUCGGCCUCGUCACCACAGAACACCUGGAGGAAAUCCAGACGAAGCGACAGGAGAGGAAGAGACGAAGCACAGCCAACCCGGCCUACAGCGGCCUCUUUGAACCAGAGCGUAAACGUCUGGCGUCACAUUACCUGAACAGCUCGCUCUUCCUCUCAGCACGAGACUCUGAGGAUUUCUGCUGGAAGGAGGACUUGGAGCAUGACGACCACUGUGCCGUCUGUAAGGAGGACGGCGAGCUGCAGCCCUGCCACAACUGCCCCAGAGCCUUCCACCCCAACUGCCUCCACCCGCCGCUCAAAACCCCACCCAGAGGACCCUGGUACUGCCCCAAGUGCCAGAAGAAGGUUCUGAACAAAGAAAACAUGUCGUGGCCACAGAACUUUGUUCAGUCCUACGUUACACACAAGACAGUGAGGCAGGAGGAGAAGCGACGGCUGCUGAGACGAAACAACGAGCUGAAGAAAGAGUGCGCUCACCUGGAAGAACAAGACAAGAAGCUCAACGACACACUCAAACAGUGUAUGGACCUGAGGGAGAGACUGUUGGGGCAGCAGAGAGACACUCAGGCCUCGCUCGAACGCCUCAAAGCUCUCAUCAGGUUGAUCCAACGCGACCAGCUCAUCCAGGUCACCAUGACGACCACCGCCACCAUCGCCGCCGCCUCGCUGCUCUCCCAGUCCUGGAUCAAACCCACCAGCACCGCCGCCGCCGCUGUUGUUGCCGCCGCCGCUGCCACCGCCGCCACCGCCGCCGCCCCGGGCCCCUCGGCCACGCCCCUGCAGCAGAAGAGCCACGCCCACAGCCAGGAUGACACCAACAACUAGCCCCGCCCGCUCCCAGGUGCUCCGACUUUUUACCCGAACGUCGAGGGCGGUGAUGAUUUCGUUUUUUUUGUCUGAAUAAUAUCUUAACCAUCUUUUCUUCUCCGAGAGCUGAAAAAAGCCACAAAAACUGAGAAAAAAGAGCCUCUAUCCUCCACGAUUCAAGUAUUUUUUAAAAACCCAACACCUACAGUGCUUACGAGAUUUCUUUUUUUAAGUUAUUUUCUAUUUAUUAAUGUUCUUGGCCUUAAUGUAUUUAUUACAAAAAGUUAGAUUACAGUGCCGCCGUGGGAACACGACAGGAGUUCCUGCGCGCGGCCCAAAAGAUAUUUCCCUUUUUUAAACACAGGUAUAAUUAUUGUUCUGCAUAUAGUGAGAGAGAACAGUAGAGUUAGUCGUAGUUACAGAAAACAAAGGAUCGAUGGAAGUGAAAGGACUGUAUAUUGAUAUAUCUGAGUAGAUGUUUGUUCUCAUUCUCCUAUGAACAAUGUUUUUUGCCAUAAUAAUUCAGGAAAAUGUUUUCAUCGUGUAUGUAAACGCAUACGAGCCUUCAAACAAAAACAGAGAAUAACCUUUUUUCAGUAUUAAUAGAGUUAAAGUCAAAGAAAAAAGUAUUUAAGAUAAAACUACAGAAAUUAGCAUUUCUAGUGGAGAUUUUAGUAUUUUCAUGCUGAUGCCUGUUGAUAAAUGUAAGUUUGGAGUAUUCAAGGGGAUCACUGUACAUAUGUUGUAUUAUUAUUAUUAUUAUUAUUAUUACUAUUAUUAUCAUCGCAGGUUCUUUUGGUUUUUACUGAAGUCACACAUCUUAAAAACAAGGGUGAGUCUCUGUACGUUUAACUGUUUGUUUUCUGUUUCUCACCAACACAAACAAAAAGAUGACGCUAAACAUUACGAUGUUUCUUUUUAUUUUAUGAAGCUGCAGAAACGAACGUGGUCUGAAAAUGUAAAACAUUACAUGAUAUCACAUGUUUGUCACAGAGAUAUGUAAAGCUAAACUUAAAAAUAAAAACGAAUUAUAGUGAUAAUAAAAACAGUUAAUAAUAUGGAUCCAAAGAAACUAAUUUGGAAAUUAAUUUUAUUGACAUUUGGCUGCCGUAAGUGUUAAAGUGUUUUCUCUGCAAGGGUCCAAAAUAUUAGAAAAGGUAAACAAGUCAAAAGCAGUUUUAUAUAAUUCGGGAUACAGUUUCUGUACGUAACUUUUCACACGUAUUAAUUGUUUUUUAAUGCCAAUGAGUGACCAAGGGCUGAAUUUACUGGGAAAAUCCGAAGGAUGUGACACUAUGCGCAUUCAUGAAUGUGUCUUGCCUCUUUUUAGCUCCGUUACAGUGCUGACAGUGUGCAAUAGUAGCUAACGUUAGCUAAGAAAUGGAGUCUGCUAACGACAGACACCCACUACAACGCACGAGUCCGCAGGUGUUGUUUCCAUUGUAUACCCAGCAGUGGCUUCACAGAGGUGAACUUUCAUUUAGCAUCCUGUUGCUACUCAAAGUUGGUCAGAGCAAGAUCGAGUGCCUAAGCACCAGGGGUCUGAUCCCGUGCUGCCUUGAAUCCCGCCGGUCAGCUAACUUUUAGACCCCACACUGCCACCAGACAGCUGUAGAUCCAGCUAAGCUCUGAGCUGCUGCCCGCUCUCCUCCUGGGGAAUUAGUGUCCUAGUGGCGAGGCGUGAGGCUGUGCUAGCUAGCUAAUUCUUGUCUCAUUUGUCGUCUGAUAAACAGUAAAUCCAUUAAAUUCAGGGCCCGGUAUCAUAAUUCCAUCUCCUCCUCAUGCUAAAAAAUAAAUACUAAAGUUACAGGAAGCGCUGACAAGUGAAAUGUUUUGCAAUAUUGUGGAUUUAGUUGGCUAUUGUUAGCUAAUGUUGCUUGCUUGCUAUCGCGGACAAAUUGCUAGCUAGCUAAUGUAGCAAAAUACUGUCUGUAGUGAUUAACAUCAUUUCAUUCAUUUAGACUCCAGGGCUGUUUAAUUAAUGAUCUUGCCGUUAACAAAUUACCUAAUCAACUAACGUUAUGCAGCAACCAAUUAAUACAACGUAGCUUAGUUACAGCUAGCUGGCUAACCUUUGCUUGCAUGCUUGCUAACAUCUUUGCUAGCAAAAUGCAAUCUGAGUGGAUGUUAGUUUGUUAGCUUGCCAAUUUGCUUCCCCAGCUAACGUGAUCCAUGAUACUAACUUACGUAUUAAGACAAACUUUGCUGAUUUAGCUAACAACGGUACAAAACGCUUUCUGCUAGCCUAGUGCGAUGCAGGGGCGUCGAAGGAGCUAACUGUAACCUGAGCUAAGGUUAGCUAGCUAGCUGUUAGUUGGUUACUCUACGUGGGUCUGCAGUUGGUUGCUUGUAACGUUAGCUAAUAAAGUCAUUUGCAAACAGUUAGCUACUUAGUAUCAUGCAGCCAAUAGUGCGAAUGAAAUAUAGGAACACUGCAGAUAGAAACGUUAUUCUAAAUAUGAUUUUUAUGUAUUUUCCAGCCUUCUGUCAACAUGAUGUCAUCAGUCUUUUGUUGUCACUGUUGCCCAGGUGUCUCUGGCGCUUACGGGCCUCAGAGAGAUUUACUGAAAGUUACAUACAGAACCUUUAAUUUUGUAACCGUCAAUGUCAAAAAUGAAAUAAUUAAGUUGUGAUUGGGUCUAAAACAGGUUUCAGGUCACUUUUGUUUCUGCAUCUCAAUAACAUGACAUGACAGUAAUAUCCUUGGUGUGUUAAGAGUGACAGAAAACAAAGGGUUAAACAGAAGAAGGGACGAAAGUGUUGUUUGUUCACAGCUGCACUCGAACACGUCAGAGUCGAUGUGUGAUGCAUCCAUUCAGUCCCUUCCCCCUUUAAACCAGUAUAGAAAAUAUGCCAAAAACUUUUUUCUUUGUUUUUGUACUGGGAUCAUCAAUAAUGUCUAUAGUGCUUUCUUUUUUUCUCUCCCUGCCUAUUUUAUAUUUUAUUAUUGCGUUGGAGCUUUUUUUACUCUCGUGUUUUAUGAACGUUUUAACGGUGACGAGCCUGUUAAUCUGACAGAUGAACACUGCCUCAAGUACAAAUCGUUUCAAAUCCAGGGUUUUCGUCUUUGUUGCGUCAUUUUAUAGACACCAGUCAAUCAGAAAUGGGACAACUGUGUCAAACUGCAGCAACACUUUUUGACUGUCGGUGGACUCGGAGGACGGCGAUGGCGUCCUCCUGGUGUCUCAGUACAGAUGAGCUGAGAAUCGAACCAGGACGGCGACAUCCUGUCCUGCUCCGUCCGUUUGUCUCGCUAGUCUUCCUGCUGGUCCAGAAAGGUUCAGUUUAAGUGUUAAAACAUAGAUUUAGUCCAUUUUUUAAUUUAUUUAUCAAACUGUACUCACCACACAGUCGAGGUGCAGCUCUCUGCUGUUAAUGCACAAACAUGAACAAAUGGUUUAAAUGAUGAUGAGAGAAAAAAAAUGCCUUUAUCGAAAGAAAAGAGGAAAUUUGUGAAGUUUAAACAGAGAAGAGGUGGUUUUAUUUAAGUUUUAAUCAUAUCCAGGUCACCUGAGUUUGGUCUCUGACGUAUCCAAGAUACUGAAGACAUCCUUACUGAUGGAGAAGCAUCGUCUGUACGGCACAAAAAAUUUAAUAUAUACUGGUGCAUCUGUGGCAUCAGUGGCAGCGAGCAAGUCUGACUCACAGAGAAAAAGGAAAGGAGGAUAAAAGACGAGCAAUAUGGCAUCAGAACAGAUCCACAACAUGAUUUUACCCUCAAAAGAAACAUAUUUUAAUACUAUUGAAGAAAUACAAAAGGCCCCAGUGUGCAGACUUUUGUACGUCCGUGUACCUUUUUAUCCAAAGAAUUUUUCAUUUUAAUUCAGCCCUUAAAACAAGCAAAAAAUCCAGCUUCAAUUUCCUUAAAAUUAAUAUUGUAAAACUUCAAUUAAAACAGACUAGGCUACUAAUUAAAGUUUCAUGGUAAAUAAAUAAAUAAAUAAAUGAAUGUGGCCUAAUCAGCAACUUUUUGAUAUUUUUUUUUUUUUUUUUUUUUUUU